AUGGCCUUUUACUUCCGUACACAGCGCGAAACCAAAACAGCCGAUGGCAAGCGCCGGUUGGCACCAACACCAAUGAUCAUAGAAACACAGAAGACCUACCUACCAACCGCUCCGGACAACAUAGCCUUUGGGAGCACUACCAGCGCAAGUACAAGCACACACACCCACACCUACACACCCACAAACACACACACACAUACAGAGCCACACAAACGAACACCCGCACCAGCACCCGCCCACACACAGACUGUGGGGAGUGAGGGUGGUAAUCCUGCUACUACAGACGUCAACACUGGGGCAAUUACACAGAAAACAGAGGACAAACAAGGGUCUACUACAGACAAGCGCACGACUAUUGCUGCACAGGACCUACAGCCCAACAAGCGCAUGCGCACAGAUAGCACGGGCGAAGAG